GUAAAAUGUCGUCACUCGACUACCUGGAUCUGUGCAGAUUGUGUUUAGUCAAAGACGGCGUUUCCGUCCCUAUAUUCGAGGGUGAAGGCGACGUAAGACAGAUAUUUUUGAAGAUCGCCGCGUGCCUGCCGGUCAAGGUUGCACGAGAAGACAAGUUACCUAAGAAGAUAUGCGAUAAUUGCGUUUACAAGGUGGAAUUGCUCUAUCAAUUUUGGAAUACUACCGCAAACGCAGAAAAGCAGCUACUGCAAUGGCUCGGAGAAGUUGGACUCGAAGACAAGCAGGGAUAUGUCACGGGAGUUCUCAAUACGAGUACAAUGAAGGAGGAAGAUGACGCUUCAUCAGUCAUCCAGAGUUCCAUUGCAACUACAACUCCACAGUCUGGUAUUGGCAUAGGAGUAAUUGACAACAUUGGACUCGGAAUGCCAUUUUCUGGCACAACCCACCAGCAGCAGCUACCACCUACUAUACCAAUAAACCAACCUAUUCACCAGGCUCUUCCGGGCCCGAGUAACCAACCAGCACCUGACCAACUUUCACAAACGCAGGGUAAUGCCACAACACGCCCACAAGAUGAAGAGGAAGAAAGCAGUGAAGAAGAAGACAACUCUGACGACGACUGCGAUGCUGACGAUGGUUUACCGGUGAAAGAGGAGAGCGAAGAAGACCUUGGAAAUAGCAGAAAUAUCGAGCCGACUACAUUUGUCAAUGUUUCCCUAGCCUGUGAUGAGGCUGGUCCUUCUGGCUUACAGCAACAGAAAAACACUACAGAGAUACCUGAACUGUCCAUGCCACAGACGUUGAACGAAAGCGAUGCUAAGUCUGGGUAUUCCACCAUCCGCCUAGGCCGGAAAAUAAUCAAAACAGAUUCGGCUGCCAAAUUUAUCUUGAGCAAAGAUUCCGUUCUGAGGGAACUCUGGCAGAAAUUAAACCUUAAAGGAGUACCUUCUUAUUCUCUGGUACCUGUCAGGUCCACAAACAAAUUGAGGAUGAAGUCUGGAGACAAAUUGAUACCAGCUAAUGAAAUCAAGGCGGAAAUCAACGAGGAUUUGAUCAGUGCAAAAUGUGCGACAGAUAUUGUUACAGAUCCGUAUCACGAGUCACUGGCCCAUCUCUGCCAGGUCAUGAUAGGUUGUUAUCCAUGCGAUAAAUGUGACAUUAAAUUUCCAAUUGAAAGUAUGUUACGGAGGCAUAAGUCCAGGAAUAUUCGAAAAUCCAAGCUUGAAAGAUUGAAGAAAAUUCGAUUACGCAAGUCUAUUGUCCACGCGCGUGUAAAAUGCGAUGCAAUAUUUUCAACACAGCAUCUCUUAGAUUACCACAAGUGGGAGCACAGAGUCGAGAAGAACGUUUUAUAUCUAUGCGGUAUCUGCGAUUUUAGAUGUUCCAAGAGAACAACUUUGUCCUCCCAUUUCAUGAGGAAGCACAAGAUCCGAGACACUGUUGAAAGAUCUUAUACAUGUAAAUGUGGCAAGUUCAGCUGCAAUCAUUGCAAAAAAAAUAAUCUCCAAGCGCACAUGUGGACAGCCAAAGAGCAGCAGAAUAAACGCAUUUUUCCAUGCAAGUUGUGCGAUUUCAAAUCAAACAAGAGAGGUACGCUUGCAUCUCAUAUGGCCAAAAAGCACAUGCCUAGCAAAAAUGUAUCAAUGAAUAGGGAUAGCAAGGCAAAGGAAGAGUUUAACUGUAACAUAUGCGAUUUUAAAACUUGUGAAAAAGAGAACUUCCAACAUCACGUCCAACAGCAUGAAGAGUCAUUAGACUGCGGUGGGCCAACGUCACUUUCCUGUACGUCCUGUAAUUUCAAAUGUAACAAACGGGCUGCACUGGCGUCUCAUGUCGCAAGAAAACACAAGACAACUGCAGAAGAAUGCAGAUGCAAUAUCUGUGAUUUCAAAUGCCUGAAGAAAAGCACAAUGUAUUCUCACAAGCGAAGACACAGAGCCGAAAGUGAUGGAACAUUGUAUAAUUGCAACGAAUGCAAUUUUAAAACAUUGAAAAAGGCCUCCCUUUAUUCUCAUAUAAAGCGAAAGCACAAGAUCCAAUCUCUGACUGGUUCCACCGUAGAUCUGAUUACAGAAUAUUUUUACUGCAAUCAGUGCGAUUAUAAAAACAAAAAUAAAUAUGAGCUCAAAGUACAUGUUGCGCGAAAACACACGGAUGAUUUCAAAUUCUCGUGUGAAACUUGUGGCAAGAAGUUUAAAGUCAAAGGCGAUCUUACAAACCACAUAAGAUUCAAUCAUAAGGAGGGUCCUGUCAUAUGUGAUGUAUGUGGCAAGACAUGCUUGAACAGCAACUCUCUUUAUGUGCAUCAAAAGUUUGCUCAUUAUAAGGCAAAGUACGAGUGUAAAAUUUGCAAGAGAAGACUUGUAACGCAGGAAAACUUAAAUGAGCACAUGCUGAGACAGCACGAAAAAAAAGAAAAUGUUGUAUGUGAGGAAUGUGGGAAGACGUUCUCUAGGAACAGCCGACUCAAGGUUCAUAUGAGAAUUCACACUGGAGAUAAACCAUACACUUGUAACAUAUGUGGCAAAUCAUUUGCCAGACGUACGGCCCUGAAACAACACCUUCUCAUACACACGGGGAUUCGACCAUACGUCUGCGAUAUCUGCGGGAAGUCAUUCACGCAAAAACCAGGGCUCAUCAGCCACAGGAAAUCGCAUCCAGGAUCUCAUCCACCCCUUCCAAGAGUGCUCAUCGAUCACAUACUAAAUGAUGUUAUGAACAACUAGUGCAAAGCGUGAUUUCAAACGUGUUAUGGCAGUCAUCUGCUGAAGAUACAGUGCGAAUAUAAAUAGAAAACGGUGCAAUUUGUACCUAAACGUAAACGUCUGUACCUGUUUCAAAGCUCUUAGCCAUUUCAUGCUUCGUUUUUUUUCUUUUAAUGUUCUGACUUUUCCAUUCCAAUUCAGCCAGGCGUAAAGGGCUUGCAGCCUGUAGGUAUCUUACAUAGAAAAUAAAGUAAAAAAUUUGUAUGUUGAUAGUUUCAAGACCUAAUUUAUUUUUAAUUGAUUUCGAGGCGAUAAAUUCCCAAACCGAUUCUCUGAUUUCGGGUCGUCCCAGACGUGGCUUGAAAAUACCUAUCAUCAAUUUUUAUUUACUGUUCAAAAGUCACACUGUGCUGUUUUGUCAGAUCACCGAACAUAACGACGAAGAAAAUCUUUAGGACACAAAUUAACAACUUUUCUCAUAUUUUAGGACGCUGUGCGCCAGUGGAAAAUUCCUCUUUUGGGAAGAAUCCAGUUGAUUACUUGAAAAAAGACAAUAAUCGGCUAGAGCUCAUAGAAAUCUUGAUCCGGAGAUAUCCGUGAGGUCAAAGUGUCCAUAAUAUGGAACUUAUGUUAAAAGACCUGUUCGAACUGCAAUUCUCUGUAUGUGCAUCAGAAAUUGGCCCAUUUGAGAAUAAAAAUUGUUCUUUGAAUUAUCUCUGCAUCUAUUCGCAAUUCUAAUAUAUGAAUCCAGAUUGCAUGGCUAAUUCAAAUCUAAGUCGAGUUACUAAAACUUGUGUCCUUCUGUUCGAAGCUUCUGAUACCUUCCGUAC